AUGACGGUCGGCGUCGCUCUCUUGCUCGACCUCACUUCCCGCCUGCCCCGCGCUGUGGCAUCCGCCGCCUCCGCCGCCGCCCACUCCCACCCCGGCCUCUCCGCCGCCGCCUUCGCCGCGACUGCGGCGGCCGCGUUCUCGUCCUCCGGGGUGCCCCUCUCCGCGCGCCACCUCUUCGGGUUCGUUCCCCUCCCCCCUAUUGCCCCUCCUCCAUCACGUCUUGCUAGGCUUCUUUCGCUUUUUCAUGGGUUUACUGUUGCUCAUUGUGAUGCUGGCACAACUGCUGGAUGGAAUGAUGGUUCUGAUGAUCUUGUUAAUGAGCUUAAUACCAAGAUUCUUGACUCCAUGCAAUAUGCAAGAAAAGACUACUUCCACAACACAACAAAGGAAUACCCUUCGGAGCUGAAGCCACUCUUUUCUGCCUUUGGGUUGAAAAAUUUUACUAUCACAACCCUGAGGUCUUUUCUGUUAUAUUAUUUGCCACUCAUACAACCUAAACCUCACACUGAUUCUGAGGAUGAGGAUGACGAUCUGCUUCAUGAUGCUCAAGAUAAACCUGUGGAUCUGGUUGCUCCCUUCUACAAUUCAGUGAAGCAAAUCAUGCGUGAGACUUCUAUUGUAACGACCAGACGAGUAUUGGAAAGGAUUGUAGUUCGUCAUGUUUCACAAAGAACAGCAUGGAAACUUCUCAAAGAUGCUUCAAAAUCAUCAAAAAGGAAAGCUGCAAGGGGGAUGUCAACUCCACAGUACACAUACUGUGUUGCCAGAACAACUUUCCGAGCACAUGCACUGGGAGUAUCUGCUGCUUGGGUUGUGCAAUCAAUAAUUGAAGUAUACAGAUGUUUCAUCCGUAAGCCUAGCGAUGACUAUGAAGCACUACCAAGCGACAGCGAUGACCAGUUUCUUGAUAUGAAUAAAUUCAGAUUGUUUGGGAGGAAGAUUUAUGGGAUUACCAUCAAAAGUUGUUUCUCAUUGGUUUUGGCCUCAGUUGGAGCAGGCCUUGGUGCCCUCGUUCAUCCAGUGCAUGGACAAUGGUUUGGCUGUGCCUUGGGAGAUGUUGCAGGGCCGAUUAUUGCUAUAAUUGUUUUUGAGAAGAUGCAGCUGCCACUAUAA